GGCCAAAUGACGAGAUUCACUUGUAAAUCAUGCUUGGUGGUGAAUCCUUAUGUGCAUCUCCAUCUGUCCAUAUGCACCCAUCAAGCUUUUCUCAUCCUCCUCACCAGCGUUUCCAGAAGUACGACGAGGACGUUUCUGUCAGAUUGCGUCGUCAACUCCUCAACUUUCCAGAAGUUCCUCCACAAACUCGCAAGAACCCCGACGCACGGCCCCUGUGCAAGCACCCUACACGCCUACACCCUAGCGGUCGAUCAAUUUUCGACCUCAUGAGGCGCCAAUAAUUGUACGCCUCACCCAAUUCAUCAACAUUUCAUGCGAGAAAUCUCAUCACACGCCCUACCAUCCCGGAACGAGUAUCCCUUUGAGAGAAUACCGAUCUUACUUCGUCUGCUGCUAUUCUUGGGAAGUUUCCAUUGCUUGCCGAUUAUCCAGAGAACCCUGGAGCAAAACUUGCGUGGAAGAAGGAAGGAGGAAGAUCUGCCUGUCCAAUUUAGGCAUUUGAAGGGCAUCUUUUUUACAAUACCGGUACGGAUACGGGUCGUUGUACAUCCGCGCGAGAUCGGCCGACAAACGAAAAAGAUUUGGAAGGACGAUCUUGCAUCACGAAUCACGCUCGAUACCUUUUUUUCCCUUUACAGCCCUGUGUGUUACUGGGAGGCAUGGCGCCCACACAGCUUCCCGCUUCGGGGAACCCACUGUAUGUUUAAGCCUUGCCUUGCUUGCUGUCUAAGCUUGGAUGAGGUCGUCCGUCACCUCAUAUCCAAUUCCGUCCCUGGGCUACGGAUGUCACGAGAUCUUUGACUAACUCUGGACGAUGAUUCUAGCGCGUUCUUUGAUAUCACUCUUGGAGGUUAGUAAUCUCCAUCAUCCGAUUCUUCUAGCCCUCCGACCAGGAUUAUCUCAUCAACCCCUGGAGAGACGAACUUGAACCAGCUGGAGGUGUCGGGUUUCUGGAAUCUCUCUCUCCAUCCACGUGAUAUCCGAUGCAAUAUCAAACCCGACAUACCCCAGUUUCAACCAGCUAACACAUAUGGCAAAAUACAGGCGAACCACUCGGACGAAUCCAAUUCGAACUCUUCGCCGAUGUCGUUCCCAAGACGGCCGAGAACUUUCGACAGUUCUGUACGGGCGAGACGAAGAAUCAUCUCGGUCGUCCGCAGGGAUAUAAAGGGAGCAAGUUUCAUAGAAUUGUAAGCUUACUCUACCCCUCCUCUUUUGCUGUCAAAAAUAUCUCGUUUCUCCAUCUUCUUACUUGAUUUUUCGUUUGCUGGAUAGAUGGAUGGAUGGAUGGAGAGAAAUACUGACUAAUAUUGAUUCGAUCUUAGAUCAAAGAUUUCAUGUGUCAAGGCGGAGACUUCAUGAACGGAGAUGGUACCGGUUCAACCUGUAUCUACGGACUCAAAACCUUCGACGAUGAGAACUUUGUGAGGAAACAUAAUGAAGCCGGGUUACUUUCUAUGGCUGUAUGUUCCUUCUUCCCUCCUCACUCCACAUCUCCAUCCACAUCUCCAUCCACAUCUCCAUCCACAUCUCCAUCCACAUCUCCAUCCACAUCUCCAUCCACAUCUCCAUCCACAUCUCCAUCCACAUCUCCAUCCACAUCUCCAUCCACAUCAUCAUCCUAACACACAAAAGAACGCAGGUCCCAACGGGAACGGCUCCCAGUUCUUCAUCACCACCGUCCCAACGCCCUUCCUAGACGGCAAACACGUCGUCUUCGGUAAAGUAGUUGACGGCAUGGACGUCGUGAGGAAGAUGGAACAUACCAAGACCGGGUACCGUGGGAAGGAAGUCCCGAAUUUGGAUGUGGUUGUUGCGCAGUGUGGGGAGAUGUGAUGCAUGAGUAUCCGUAGGUAGUAUUCGCGACGAUAGAGAGAAAAGAGGAAAUUAAGCACACAAAAAAAAGAGAUAAUGAUGACGAGGGACGAUAUAAGGAUCUGUAGCUUUGAUGAAUGUAAUAGCACG